AUGCCGAUAAGCGGUUUGGACAGGCUGGAACGCCUGUUCUCUAGGAAGAAGCAUGCGGCAAGCCGACCUUCUGCGGGAGCCGAUAGGACAAAAGGCAACGCCCAUGUGUUGGUUAGCCCAGCUUAUGCGGCACCGGCCGCGUGCAUAGGAAGGGGUUUCCCGCGGCCUUCAUUCAUUUGUCCCAAGGCGAUUAGGAUGAUUCCGAGGGAUGAUUCCGGUCCCAAUUCUCGCCCGUCCACCGCUGGUCGCGGACAGGCCAGGCCCAAUACAGCAUUGUCGACCGUGAGCGAACAGGACGGUGACUUCAACCCAUACGGGCGGUUCCGUUCUGUGGACGCGGCAUUUGCUCCAUCAGCAUCAAGCAUAACUAUUGCGGUCUCCAGAGACGGUAGCAUCUGCGCUUCCAACUCCUGCCCGCCCACCCCGCAGAGGUCAGCGUCUUUGAGAGAGCGGCGAAAGGUGUCCAUUGCAACGCUGCGUGGCAUGCAGCCAAUGCUGUCGCGACUCUCUGCCGCCACGACAACGAGCUCUGACGAGAUCAGCCCAACCACUACGCUCCGGUCGACGUCUCCCGUACUAUAUAGGGCACAAUUGCCUCCACAGAUGAAACUUCAGCUGGGCGAGUUCCAGGACUUGCAGUCUUACUCCUUUCAGUCAACCGCCGACACACCACCGCCUUCGGAUCGUGACGAGAUAGCGUACAUGGACAGGCGGCCGGUGUCGCCGAGCACGGUCAUCUACCACCUUCCAACAGUGCAGUCGUCGGUAUCCACUAUCGCUGGUCAACCAACGCCAGUAUCAUCUCCGAAGAUGCCUGCAACGAGCAUCUCGACACCAACAGCAACAUGGCAGGAGGACGAAGACUACAUGGAGAGGCCGCUCUUGCAGCGUGACUCUGUCUGUUCUGUCGUCCUGGAACAGGCUUCCUCAGGCGCUGAUGUCGAGCCGUCUUUAACAUGGCCGCCAGUAGCACGGCGGAUAAGCCAGAUGGCUCAUCGUCCAGACUCUUUGCGCAUCAACCGGCAGCUCCCGGUUGAGCGCGCGCCGCUGUCUGCUGGCUCGGUGCUCAAGGAGCCGAACCUGGGCGAAUUUCUCUCGCUGAGCGAUGAGGACAUUGCCGAGUCGGAGUCGGCUAUCCAGACAGUGGCAUCUGCAGCAAAGGAAGCAAAGACGGCCAAUAAAGAGCCGGCGACGCCCCUGCAGAGCAGACACAAACCCACGCAGUCAGCAUUGGCAACAUCAGAACCUCAAAGGCCACCCGCUUCGGUUUCGCCGCCCCUUAUUUUGCGAAGCAGAAGGUUUUUCCGCGAGGCGCCGCCGUCGAAGCCACCGUCGUUCCAGGCUCCACCACUGCCUUUGCCUCUGCCCAUCCCGACGAUGGUCCUGGGCGAGAGGGCAGCAAGUCCCAAGUCUCCAAGCGGUGCCCAGACGCCGGCGUGUCAGCUACGCAUGUCAACGGCUGUUGAGAUUGCCCGCAUUGCGUCGCACUACAAGUUUGACCUGGCCUACAUUGCCACCAUCUGGCCGAAGAACAUGGCCAUUCUGGAUGGAGCAAUGGCAAGCACGGCCGAUGGCCAGACACCGUUCCCAAUGUCACCGCCGUCGUCCGUUUCGUCUUCUGGCUUGGCAAAGCGAAUGGCGCGUUCCAACAGCCGAGCCAGCCGGAUGAGUAAUCACAGCAGUUGCAGCAGCGUUCGGACAACGGGCAGCAACGACACGGUGCGAUCAUCAGCCACGGAGAGUGUGGGCCCGGGCAGUCCGGCGCCAAUGGGACCGCAGUCUGGCCUGGAAGCACAGCUCCUGGCAGCGUAUGGGUUAGCGACGGUGAAAGCACCGUACAGUCUGUCGGCUCCGACACACGCACGGAUGCUUAAUACGAAGCGAUGGCUACGCUUCAACGAGUCCAAUGCGCGGGUGAGCGAGUUCUCGAUGGGGUAUGGCUGUGCGUUCUACCAAGGUCAUGUGCCUGUGGUGGCAAACAGCAAGCGACGACACGAGCAGCUUGAGCGGAGGGGCGCAUACUAUCGGCGGCCGUCGGCAGAGGACUGCGACGCUGAUACGGAGCAGGACGACCGGGAAGACUCGGACGGCGACAGCGGUAGUGCCACUCCGCGGCCAACGCGGAUGGCGCACAGCAGUAGCAGCAAACCUAACAACCGUGGCAUCGUCUUCGUGGCAUACCGGCGAAAGGGAACAGGAGAGGAUAUGGCAGCUGGAAGUGGAGGUCCCGAAAAUGAGGACGACAAUUUGGAUGCGCUGUAUGGUGACGUGGAGAAGCUUGUGGGCCGAAUCCUUGACUUUCACACGAUGCAGCAGCGGCAAAAACAGCUGGACAUGCUACGGGCGGUGCCUGGACUGGCGGAUGAUUUUCUGGCAGCAGCUCUGGGCGUGGAGAAAAGGUGUGGCCCAUCACCAACCGAAAGGUUGGCAGCGGAUGUGGCCGUUCAAGCUUGA